GAAGUCAAAGGUCUGGAAUGAAGCUAUUGCAAGUGAAGUCAGGUGGGCAGAUCAGUGCAGCUGCCAUAGGAUUGGACAAAAAUAGGAGCGUAUUUAAAGGAGUACUUCAGAAAGCUGAGAGUCAUUUUCAAAGAGUAGUGAGGAAUCUUUAUCCCCGUUCUAAGUUCCAGAAAGAAAAAAGUACAACAAUGAGUGGGUGCCCAUUUUUUGCAAGGGAGAAUAGGUUAAAUGUGAACAGAUCAUUACCAGAGGAACCUGAGAUCAAUGAGCAAUCGCAAGAAGGCACCAAUAAAGCCAGCAAAGGAGGCUUAAUCUAUGGAGACUACCUACAUCUUGACAAAAUAUUAGAUGCACAAGAGCUUCAAAGUGCCAAGUCAGGAAAUGUGAUCCAUGAUGAGCAUCUUUUCAUUGUCACACAUCAAGCUUAUGAACUAUGGUUUAAACAGGUUCUGUGGGAGCUGGACUCUGUCAGAGAAAUAUUUCUAUAUGGUCAUGUGCGGGAUGAGAGAAAUAUGUUGAAAGUUGUCACACGAAUCAAUCGGAUUACUGUAAUUCUUAGACUACUGGUGAAUCAGUUUUCUGUUCUGGAAACGAUGACUCCAAUGGACUUUUAUGAAUUCAGGCAGUUCCUGAAACCAGCUUCAGGGUUCCAGAGCCUACAGUUUCGUUUGCUAGAGAACAAAAUUGGUGUUCCUGAGAGUCUGAGAGUUCCAUACAACAGAAGACACUACAGAGAUAAUUUCAAAGGAGAGGAAUAUGCAGAGUUGCUGAAAUCUGAACAAGAGAAGUCUCUUCUGCAGCUUGUGCAGGAAUGGCUGGAAAGAACUCCUGGUAUAGAAAAGGAAGAAUUUAACUUUUGGGAAAAACUACAAGCAAACAUUGAAACAGGAAUAGCACAUGAAAUUGUAACUUGCCAGGCUAUGAAAGAUUCUGAGGAAAAAGAAGACCUAAUGGCUGAGCUUCAAAAACAAAGAGAGACUUUCUCAAUGCUAUUUGAUGAAAAACGCCACAACCACAUGUACAGCAAAGGGGAAAGGCGUUUGUCUUACAAGGCACUACAAGGAGCUCUGAUGAUCUACUUCUACAGGGAGGAGCCACGUUUCCAAGUCCCUUUUCAGCUUCUGACCUCUCUUAUGGAAAUAGACACACUUUUGACCAGAUGGAGAUAUAACCACGUCUGCAUGGUGCACAGGAUGAUUGGAAACAAAGCAGGCACUGGUGGAUCAUCUGGUUAUCACUACCUGCGUUCAACUGUAAGUGACAGAUACAAAGUAUUCGUGGAUUUGUUCAACCUUGCAACAUUCUUGGUGCCCAGGGCCUGGAUACCAAAACUGAACCCAACAGUGCAUAAAUUUCUCCAUAUGACAGAGUGUAUUGACAGCUCUUACUUCAGCAGUGAGGACUCUGAUUAAAUAUAUCCUACAGUCAUGUGACAGCUUUAAAAUGUGUUUUUAAAGCAACUGAAUGUCCACUUGGAAAUACAAAUGGUGGAGACGUGAAAAGUUAUUUUAGGUAGUUUGAAAAACCUAGACUAAGUGAAGUUUUUCUGUUAUCAGUUAGGCACCUCGGGCUUCAAAAACAGCUUCUUUUCAAUGCUGUCCUAUCUGUUUUUAGCCCCAUUUCUCAUAGUGUAUUUUAUAAUAUGCUGUUUGACUGAAACAGUAUCAUUGUUAGCUGUUUUAUGGAUAGAUGUACACCAUUUAACUAAAUGUUGGUUAGAUAAGCUUAUGUAUGAAACUUUGAAUUAGAAAGCAUUUCAAUUGAAAACAU